AUGACUCUGCUUCGAACACUCGUUAUAUUGGUUGCGGCGGCUUCUGCCAUGCCUGCUCCUCAAACAAGUCCUUUACUUUCUUCCCGAGCAGUCUGCGAGGGCAACACUGCUUCUGACCGAAGUGUAUGGUGUGAUUAUAGCAUCGAAACAAACUGGUAUGACGAGGCUCCGGACACAGGUGUCACUGUCGAGUACUGGCUUGAGGUACGAAACAUCACGGCAGCUCCUGAUGGUGUUGAGCGGAUGGUCUUGUCCGUCAAUGGAACUGUGCCUGGUCCAUUGAUCGAAGCGAACUGGGGGGAUACUGUCAAGAUACAUGUGACAAAUGCCUUGACUGCCAACGGCACUGGAAUACAUUGGCACGGUAUCCGUCAGAAUUACACAAAUCAGGAAGAUGGUGUCCCAUCCAUCACGCAGUGCCCUAUCGCCCCUGGGGAAUCUUACACAUACACAUGGAAAGCCACCCAGUACGGCACAUCGUGGUACCACUCCCACUACAGCCUGCAAGCCUGGAACGGAGUCUUCGGACCAAUGGUCAUUCAUGGCCCUGCAACAGCGAAUUACGACGAAGAGCUCGAGCCCAUUGUGCUCAGCGAUUGGACGCACCAGACUUGCGACGAGCUCUACAGCUAUGCGCAGACUGUUGGUCCGCCUGAGUUGCAAAACGGUCUCAUCAACGGCCUAAACACCUUCGAAGACGGUGGCUCGCGCUAUGAAACAAGCUUUGAGUCUGGCAAGAGCUACCGCAUCCGCAUCGUCAACACCGCGAUCGACACUCAUUACAAGUUCGCUAUCGAUGGCCACUCCUUCCAGGUCAUCGCCAUGGACUUCGUCCCCAUCAUUCCGUACACGACUACAUAUCUUGACAUUGGCAUGGGCCAGCGUUACGACAUCAUCGUCAGUGCAGACCAGGAAACUGCCGACUACUGGAUGCGCGCGGUCCCACAAUCCUCCUGCUCCUCCAACGCCAACAGCGCUGACAUCCGCGCCAUCGUCCGCUACUCGAGCUCCUCAACCGCCGACCCGACCUCCACUGCAGAUUCGAAUCUCUCCAACGCCGAUUGUAACGACGAACUCCUCUCCAACCUUGUGCCAUACCUUACCCAAACUGUCGUCGACCCUCGUCAGGACGAAGACCUCGGCGUCAGCAUCAGCGCGUCAGGCAACUUGUUCAAGUGGCAGAUCGGGCUCAAGAGCAUGCUCGUGGAGUGGGCGAAUCCAUCGCUGCUGCAGAUCAGCGAGGGCAACGCGACAUUCGAGAGUCAGGAGAAUGUGUAUAAGCUGGACAACGCCAACGAGUGGGUGUACUUUGUGAUCGAGACGGCAUUGGGGGUGCCACACCCGAUUCAUCUUCACGGGCACGACUUCUUCAUUCUCGCGGCGGAAGAGGAUGCUACAUAUGACGAUUCAGUGGCUCUGAAUCUGAACAAUCCUCCACGACGAGAUGUCGCAAACUUGCCGGCGGCGGGAUACCUUGUCAUUGCCUUUUUGACAGAUAACCCUGGAGCUUGGUUGAUGCAUUGCCACAUCGGUUGGCACACUUCCGAAGGUCUCGCCCUUCAGUUCGUAGAGCGCGAAUCUGAAAUCCCAGACCUCCUCACGUCCACCUCCGUCCUGCAAAACACAUGCGCAGCCUGGAGCGACUGGGCCAAUACCAUCGGUAUUGAGGAGGAGGACUCAGGCGUUUGAAUGCCGAAUCACGUAUGACUCCCACGGUCAGGCGUCCGGAGUCGAGCUGGUUGGCUGUUGCCCACCGCCAAGAGCGCAGGAUGGGCAUUACGCGUGGACGUUGCGGUCUUGUAACUCUAUAGGGACAACCUUGCAGGGUUCGAUACGGUCGCGAAUACGAUGUCAGAGAUGGGAUGCUGGCGAUUGCGUCUUGCAACAAGGGUUAGGGCGUGGUUCUUGCAGGGGUGGAUGGGGGCGUUUCAUGCGGCUCUGGAUGACGCGUACGCUAGUG